AUGAAUUCUAAUCGCAAAAAUCAGCCAAAUUUGCGGAACGUAAGACCUUCUGGAAGCUCUGUCAGACGGAUCAAGGUUGUUUUGAGUAUGGAUAAAACACUUAAUGAUAUUGCACACGUACUACGCACAAAAUAUAACUGUGAUCUCGGAAAUUGUAAAUAUUAUCUCAAUGACCAUGUUCUUCUGGAGGGCCAUAAACCAAUUUCCUCUCAUUGCACUAUUGAUACGGGAUUAGUUGCUGUUAUCAUGGAGAUUAAGUCAAUGCCUACACAUUAUGAAAAGCUUCGCUAUUGUCGCCUCAACAUUGUUGAUAUUUUGGCAUCUAAUCAAAACGAUCCCAGCAUCCUUCCUAAUCUUGAUGGAAUGGUCAUAACUGAUAUAAAUCAAACUGGCUGUGAAGUCUUUGACGGUGCACCAUUGGGACCGUUUUUGGAUACUUUGAAUUCUGAUGGAUUAUCAGCUGAACAGGAGAGCAUGGUUGUUUCGCAACAAGCUGUCGUUGACGCCUUUUCUGCCGCUAGUCGUGGCAUUGAGGAAAUUGACGGAGAUUCAUGCACCGUAUCUCAACAAUUAAGCCUUUAUCCAGCCUCUCAUGUUAGUGCCUUGCCUUACGGUGUCCCCAAUCCUGGUAGUAUGUUUGUUGGACGUUUUGAUUGCAGUGAAGUUAACUAUGGGGGUAAGUGGAUGAUCGAUGAAAAUUAUCGUCGUAGACUGGAGGAGAAUAACAUCCCAAGGAACCCUAGCAACUGGAAUGCAAUCCAUGUUGUGAUGUGGAUAAAUUGGGCGCUUAAAGAGUUUGAAUUGAUGGGGAAGUCUCCAACUGAUCCUCGUCAUGUGCCUCCGAAUGGGGGAGGGGAUGGUGGCAAGUUGGCCAAAGCGUUCACAGGUCUCUCUGGUAGUCAGCUGACAGAUCUCACAAUACUUCAGUUAGCUGAAAAAUUCAAAUCAUCGGGUUCAACGGCUAACAUAAAUGUCAAUUUUCUAACUCAUUUUGAGCUUCUCAAAAUCUGCCAUGAAGUCUGCGUUCCAUUCAAAGCUCAAACCCAGUCAUUUCCACCCCCUUCGUCUAAUUACAACCACCAACGGGUGAAUCGUCCGAUUAAUCGUCCUAAAGGUCGAAAUACACGGACUGAUUUCUCUUCCUUUGCUGGUUACAAUCCUACUGAUAUAGCACCCUCCAAUUCUCGUUACUAUGGUGUUACUGUGAACAAUGCACCGGGGGCUAACUGUAGCGGCACUGGCAUAUUUUCUCCGUCUCUUCCAUUGCGCUUGAAUGAUCGUAAAGACAGCCACUCCUCUAAUGCAAAAAGUGAAUUCAUAUCCUCUAAUCCCUCUCUUUAUCGAAGCAACAACAUGCUAUCAGCAGCAUCUCAUCCUCCUUUGCUUCGAAUCGGAAACGGCUUCAACGGCAGUGGUGGUGGUGGUGGUGGUAGUGAUAAACUCCCAUUUCCUACUACUAAUGUACCUCUUGAUGGUCAUGAGUGUUCUUCCUAUCCCUUCCCAUCUGACAAUAACAACGGUCGAAUUUUCGGAGGGGUACCUCAUGUAGCCCCUACUUCGGGACAAUAUCACGUUAUUCCAGCAUUUUCUCCUCAUAUGCAUGAGCUUGGCACCUUAGCUGUGACUCAUCCCUCACAAGUGGGUUUUUCUUCUGGUUCUGGUAACCAGGUUCAGUUGUGGCAAUUUCUCCUUGAUCUUCUUACAGACUGGAGGCACCUAGAUUCUAUCCGUUGGGUAAACGGCGAUGGCGAGUUCGUAUUGUCUAAACCUGAAAGAGUUGCUACCCUCUGGGGCCAACGAAAAAAUAAACCUACCAUGAAUUACGAGAAACUUUCGCGGGCUUUGCGUUACUAUUACGAUGGUGAUAUGAUUUCCAAAGUACAGAGCAAACGAUUCUGCUACAAAUUUGUAUGUGAUCUUAAAUUACUUCUUGGCUACUCCGCUGCAGAAAUCCAUGAGUUUGUGCUCCGCUGUGCGGAAAGACACGGCAUGAGUAUUCGAGGUUUGGAGUUGGAGGAGAGUAGAAAAAGACCUUUCCCCAGUGGGGAAGCGUUUUUUGGCUUUCCAUCUCCAAAUAGAAAGAGAAUUAAAUCGCCGUUGAUGUUGAAUGGUGCGAUCGGUGAUUUCGAGUCAGAUUCAACAUCCGCUGAUGUAGAAGUUUCUCCACAUUUUCUACUACCUGAUGACGAAGAGAGUAGUAUCCACCACACCUCUCACGACAUCUUCGAUCGUAUAAACUUCCGGAAUAUUACAGAUGACUUUAACCAUGAUGUCAUUGGUUCCAGGUCGCCGUCGUCGAGAUAUUUGUAA